UGGCGUCCAAGUGAGCGACGACGAUUUCCCUUGUAAUUAUAUGAACAUAAACGAAGCCAGUCUUAUUCCUGGAAUCCAAAAUGUGAAACAUUAUUUGUAGCAUCGUAUGUAGAGUACGGUAGAGACGGAUGAAUGCAUUAGGGAUGAAUAAAUAAAUACAAUAAACCGAAUUAAAUCGACUAAAAAAAUGGGCGAGUUUUCGAUUAGUCUUCCAGAGAUCGGACAUCAUAUGGGUUUCGGGGGUUAUGGGCAGAACUCUAAGGGAUUUCAGACUUUGCUACACGGCAUUGGCGGUGCAAAAACCAAACAUGAAGAAGAUAAAAUUAUACGAAAAGAACUCGGCACCCUCAAGGAAUAUGUUGGCUCUUCUAAACUUACAUCAAAACAAAUGAGAGAGUUGUUGAUUCGGUUAAUUUACUGCGAAAUGCUCGGCCAUGACGCGUCCUUUGGUUACAUCAAUGCAAUAAAGUACUCUGAGCAAUCAGCACUUUUGGACAAGAAAACUGGUUAUCUCGCAGCAUCAGUAUUCUUGAACAGAAAUCACAGCCUUGUUUGUUUACUGAUAAACACCAUACAAAAGGACUUGAAAGGUACGAACGUGGUUGCAAAGAGUACUGCCUUCAACGUUAUUUGCACCUUGGUGGAUGCCGAAAAGAUUCCUCCUUUGUUACCCUUUAUUAUUUCCUCUUUAAAAGACAAAAGAGUUGAAAUUCGAAAGAAAGCGAUGGUAACGUUGAAACAUGUUUACGAGAUAAGUGAAGAUUUGGUGACUGACAUUGAUGAGAAAUUGCGUACGGCGAUCUCUGAUCGGGACCCAAUUGUGGUUUCCGCUGCACUUCAGUUUUUUCACCCUCUUGUAAAGAAAAAUCCAUCAAAAUAUCGAGGCUAUCUGAAAGUAUUUCUCCAAGUGCUUACGCAAGUCAUUAACGGAAAAUUGUCGGAAUACAGUUUCCAGGGAGUUCAAGCACCUUGGAUUCAGAUCAAACUGCUCAAAAUUCUUGCUCUUUUGGGUCAUCAAAAUAAGAGUUGCAGCGAAAGCAUGAGUCCGUCGUUAUUGGAUAUGAUGAGGGUGUUGCCAACCGAUUGUAACAUUGGAUGCGCUGUCAUGUUUGAAUGUAUUCAGACAACAACGACAAUUUACCCUCUCAAACCAUUGCUGGAUCUUGCCGCCAAAAAGACCACUCUGUUUUUAACAUCAGUAUCAAGCAACCUAAAAUGCAUAGGAAUCACGGCAAUGACAGCGUUAGUUGAAGUGAAUAGAAGUUAUGCGGGCGAUAAGAAACUGCAGGAAGUUAUUAUAAAAUGUCUUGAUGAUGAUGAUAGAACAAUAGGAAAAAAGAUAUUGGAACUGCUGUACAAGAUCACAAACAGUGAAAACGUAUGUGUCAUAUGUGAGAGAUUGUUGGACUAUAUCAGAUCUACUACUGAACAAUCUAUCAAGAAUGAAGUAGCGAAGAAUUUAUCUCAACUUGCCAAUCGAUAUGCCCCAAACAUCACAUGGUAUGUCGACACAAUAAACGACACAAUCCAGGCUGCUCAUUGUGCUCUGCCUCCUGUCGCCAUGCACAAUCUUCUUAAGGUGAUCGCUGCAGGUGAAAUUGAUGAUCAAAGAAUCAUAGCAGCUAGAUACCUUAAACUUAUUGAGAAAACAACUUUACACGACAAUCUUAUUCAGAUCGCUUGCUGGGUGCUUGGAGAGUAUGGCAAUCUACUGCAAAAUGACUGUUCUCUCGAUGUGAUUUUUUCACAAUCGGUGGCACUUCUUGACAGAAAAUUCGAAGAUGUAACAACAUUCGGCUGGAUUAUGACUUGCCUGGGAAAGUUAACACUGCAUAUGGGUGAAUACUCUACGGAGGCGAACGGGAUUAUGGACCGCUACAGGACCGGAUUUCCUGCUGAGUUACGACAGAGAUGUCACGAAAUCAACAUUUUGGCAUCAGAUAUUUCUCUAAUGAAACGUGUAAUUCCAUUAGCAUCAACUGAAGAAGAAAUUAAGGUAUGUUCGUCGCUGUCAUUUCUGGACAACUACGUGGCGAAUGCGUUGAAAGCUGGUGCCCGACCCUAUCAACAGAAUAUGAGUAACGUUGAAGAAAUAUCGGAAACGAAAAGAGAACUUCAAGAAUUGCGUUUCAAACCUUACGAAGAUCCCUUUAUUCGGCAACCUUCACCGGACAAAGUAGCUUCCAAAAUUCUAAGCGGGACUGUCGAAUCUUUUGUAAAACCUGUUGAGGCCACAACCCAGAAAGAAGGACCGUCUGUUAAAACCACAAAUGAGUCAGAAGCGCAGCCUAAAGCAAAGACUGUGUGGGGACCAUCUGGAUACACUGGAAACAGAAUAAAAAAGAGUUUUGCUGACCCUCAUAAGAUUGUUAAUUCUAGUUCUGAGGAUUCAUCAGCUAACGAUUUACCUGUAGAAAGCCCUGCACAGCAAGAUGAGGAAACCGUGGAGAAUGUUGAGGAGACAAAAGUGAAUCAGAAUUCAACUCCAUCUAACAUCAUUAUAGAUGAGAGUCCGGACUCUGCCCUGUUUGCUGGAAUUAAACCAAAGGCCAACACAGAAGAUUUCAACAAAGAAAAAACGCCUGCGAACAAUGAGGGCACGGGGCUUUUUACGGGGUUACAUUGCGUUGGUCGUAGCAAAGCUUCGCCAGAACAGCUUUUUGAAAAUAAAAAAGACUCAAAUGAGAAAAACAUCACAUCCAAUUACGAAUCUAGUUUGCUUCUUGAUUCUAGUAUUGAAAAGGACGUCAUGCAGGAAUCCUUGCAACCUGUGCGUGUGGAGACCGUUGCAAUCACUAAACAGGAUGAACAAUCAAAAACAACUUCAAAUAGCGAUGAAGAAAAUGUUAGCCAAAUCUCUAAAGAGGAGAGUGGUAAUAUCAUAAAAAGUGAAACUGAUAGUUAUGUUAAAGACGAUUCUGAACUUGACGCUAACCACGGUGAAAUUAGGGGAACUGAUGAUUGUGUGGAACAAAAACACUCGGCCACAUCUCAUAAUAACGUUUCGCAAGAUGACAAGAACUUCAAAGAACUCUGUAUUGAUAGUAAUGUAAGACUUGUCGCGUGCGCCGUGCACAACCAAUCAGAACUUGUUAUGCUGAUGAAAUUGACCAAUCAUAACCAAAGUCGUGUUGCGAUUGAAGAAUUGUCUUUGAAGGUCGAACCUCCAUCAAAUCUUAUUGCAGACACAAGUGCUACGGAAAUAGCCGUCGACAAAUUGGUCUUCCUGGAGACGAUAACAAAGGAAGUUCCCAUGAAAUAUCAAUACCCUUCGACACGCAUGACUUUCAAAGGUACAUUGAGGUACUCGGUGUCAAAAAAUUCAAAGGUUUUGCAAUUCGACAAUGAACUUGCCGCAAGGCAUCUCCUCAGGCCACUGACGAUGUCAACGGAGCAGUUCGGUGAAAAAUGGACUUCGACAAGCUGCGGCGUGCGUAAACAUGUGACUAUGACGUCACGAAGGUCUUGCGAAAAUCUAGCGGAUGUUGUCGCAACUUACAUUCAUUUUAAAGUGAUCGAUAUCAAAGGUUCAGAGGCAAUUUUGGCAGGGUCAGUCCUAGCCAACGACGCAUGCCUACUGCAUUUGAGUGUCGAGAAUUCGGACGUCGAACUUUGGGUAAAGUCGUCCGGUAAAAGACUGUGUGAGAUGGUUAUGAAGGAGUGCUUGUCUGCAUGCGACGAGCUCAUUCAAACUAACACAUAAAUUAUCUGAGGGAAUUUGAUUGAAUAUUUAAUAUAUCGCUGCGGUCAAACCGAUUGUGUUCCCAACGAGGGAAAAUGUACUGUUUAUAUGAUUUAAACACUAAUAUCAACUGAUAAGAUAAGAUAUUUUUGCUAUGCAAAAAUGAAGCCAAUGUCGGCCAUAUUAGAUAGACUCCCCACCCUAACGUGGUAUUUAAAGAACUUCUAUACAUUUCUAGACUUUUUGGGUGUUGCAUGGCUAGUCUCCUAUGCAGGGACCUCGCACCCGCGGUCAGGCUUCGUAGGAGACUACUAUAUACGGAAAAGACAAUUUUUGCUAGAUAAUGUAUGAUCUAUGCCUGCUCAAGUAUACCUCUUGUCUGAGCAAAAUAUGUCGGUGAAUAACCAGUGUGGGGAAAUAUGGCUGCCAUGAGCCUCGUCAUGUGGUGUUUAAGCCUGGUUCCCACUUGUCCUAAGAAUCUGGGCUUUCCUUUGUCUGAGGUCACUGGUGCGCAAAAUGCUUUGUCUAUCGGAAGGCAAUACAAUGGAUCCCCGAUUCUUAGGAGCUAGUGUGAACCAGGCCUUAUAUAGAAACGUUUUAGAUCGAUUUGAAGAACUAUUUUAAGCUACCUUUCACAAUCAGCAUUUGAUAUUUGCUUAAAAAAGCGAUUAGUCUUGUUUUGAAUCAAAUAUAAUA